AUGGACGCUAGUUGCCCCAAUCUCCUAUUGCAUAUACAAGCAGUACGGCGUGAUUCCUGGCGGGUGUCGAUCAAGCAUGCGUUGACACCAGAUGAGCUUCGCGAACUAGUGCAGCUACAGCUCCUAUCCAACGCCGAGCAGGACUGCGACUGCCUAGCAGAGCAAGGUCUAGCAGGCGCAAUUGGCUGUCUUCUCAAGAUUAUCGUUACGGGGUACGUAUGUACAUUUAUGGCUAAGGAGGUGAAGGAGUGGAACAGUUAUCGGUUGCUACGCGAGGUCAGCGUGUACGAGAGUCUUACAGAGCAGCAGGGAUCCACGAUACCAGUAUGCCUCGGCAUGGUACCGCCACUCCUGCCAUAUGUCGUGGGUGAUGGCAUGCUCGCAACGCAUAUGCUUCCGAUGUCGUAUGCGGGUCUAGGACUGCACGUCCAGGCUGCUCAGCGAGUCGCCAAGAUAGGUCGUGUGAACCUCGAGCGCGGGUCAGAGCGCACUCUUCAGGAAGUCAAAGCCUACGGUCUCGUAGAUAGAGACGACAUAAGCGAUGGCAACUUGACUUGGAACCGCGAGCUGCAACGUGUCAUGAAGAUGGAUUUCGACCACGCCUCGGUCAGCCGGUCCGACACGCUCAGCCCAGCUAGCAGGACGAGCCCGGCAACGAGCCUCGGAGGCUCCCGCGGCUCUAUAGAGCUUCCGACCGGCAUCAAGGCGAGACGGGCUAACGGCAGGAGGGCAUCGGAUGAUGGCGAGCGUGAUCGAAGCCCCCCUGAGCUACUGAGAAACGCUGGGCGGUCUGACGCCUUCAUCGCUAGUCUUCUGAUCGACGCGAUCAUGUGGUGGCAGUGA